GGCUCUGUGCCAUCAUCCACUACCUUGUCCGGGGCCAGCUGGGCUGGUUCGGGCUCACCAUGGCCUGCCUGGUGCCCGGCUACGCCGCUCAGCUCCUCAGCAUCCUCUGGUUCCGGGCAGACGGACACGCACCCGGCUGCUGCCUCCUGGCGCUCCACCUCCUGCAGCUGGGCCUCUGGAAGCGGUACUGGGAUGUUCUGCGGGCGGCGGCCAAGGCGGGCGGCGGUGCCGGGGAGCUGCUGGCUCAGCUCGGGGAUGUUUGUGUGCUGCGGCUCCUGGAGGCCCUGCUGCAGACCCUGCCUCACCUCCUGCUCCAGGCCUAUGUCGUGGUGGCCGUGGACCCAGCAGGCUUCAUCCCUGGUGUCAGUGCAGGGCUGUCUCUGCUGUCCCUGGCCUGGGCUUUGGUCUCCUACAGCCACUUCACCUUCCUGAUGAAGCCUGGACACCUGAGCCCACCAGCUGCUGUCAUCCUGUGCCUGCUGCUCUGGAGGACAGGGAUGCUGGGUACCCGGGUGCUGGCCCUGGUGCUCUUUGCCAGGCUCUAUUCCUUCUGGGUUUUUGCUGUGGCAGGGGUGCACUGGCUGCUCAUGUCCUUCUGGCUGGGGGCCCAGCAGACAGAUAUUGUGACCCAGCCGUGCCGCUGGAGGCUCUUCAACUGCCUGCUGGGAGCUGUCUACAUCUUCUGCUACAUCAACGUCCGCCCCGGCCCCUCCAGGACCAGGGUGGCCGUGUUUUAUGCAAUAAUGCUGAUGGAGAACACGCUCCUGCUGCUGUUGGGCACCCGGUUCCUGCAGGUAGAGCUGAGGAACAGCCUGACUGUGACUGGGGCUGUCAUGUCAGGGUCCUUAAUAGGUGUCACAGCUCUGGUGAUUUACUACAGCCUGCUCCACCCCAAGUCCACAGAGAUCUGGCAGGGAUUCCUGGAGACAAUGUGCAGUCCUGCAGCAUCUGGGGAUGAGGAGGGGUCUGGAGAAAGCUCCCAAGCUGAGCAGAGUUCAGGGACUUUGGCAGAUGAGGAAUCCUUACCAGUGGAAGGGACCAAGACAGAGCCCCAAAAGGAGACCAGCUCAUCACUGCUGCAGUCCAAGGGGGGUUUGGAGGACAGCUGGACAGACCAUCACCACUGGCUGCUGGUGAAGCUGGCCUUGAAGACAGGAGAUGUGUCCGUGAUCAACGCAGCUUUCGGGGAUGGCGGCGUGGGAGAAGCUUUUCCUGGAGGAUGGAUGAUGGGGAAAGCCCCUGGAGCUGAGCCUGGGGCAAACCUUUCCCUCCCCAUGAGGGACAUCCCUCCCUCUGGACUGGCAGUGGGGAAUGGAGGAGGCAUCAAAGCCAGUGCUGGUGCUCUGGGAAUGGCACAGGAGGAUGGAGCAGGGCAGGAGCCUGAUUUUCCCCCAUCCACAUCCCACCCCAGUGGCUUCUCCCCGGAUUCCACCGAGAGCUCCUCUGUGUAUUUCAGUGCAAGUGCAGGAGGCAUCAUCUCACCUGGGACAGGGACAGCCACAAGCAUGGCCCUGGUGCAACGGGACAGCAAAGCUCAGCUUCCCCCAGGCUGCCUGGGAGAAGGAGGAGGAGGAAGAGGAGGGGAUUCAUCCCUUGGGAUGCCCAGCAUCAGCCCAAUCCUGGGCGCUUGUGCCCACAAGUGUCUGCAGAGAAGCUCUUCCUUCGGCAACACAGGCAGCUGUGGGGUGGCAGGUCUCCCCAAAGAGGGCUCAGAGCCCACGGGGACAGAGGGUGCCCUUAUGGGGUGCCAGCACCUUUGGGACACCCACCCUUGUGGCCCGCAGGGGACUGUGGUGAGGAGCAAGAUGAGGUCACCGUGCUUCACCUCCACCCCCAAGGCCGGCCCUAAAUGCUCCCAGCGAGGACUGGGGGAGCUGGGAGAGGGGACAGACCAGUCUGGGUGACCAGAGUGAUCCUGUAAAUGUCACCUUGGGCCGGCCUUGGGGUGACUGUCUCAUCAACAGGGCAUGGCAGGAGGUGGUGGGACAAAGACUGUCCCCCAAGUGCCCCUGCCAUGGGGCAGAGUGCUCCUCCAUCACUGGGACAUCACCUUUCCUCUCAGUACAUCUUCUAGAGGCAGUCUUGAAGAACUUCAAAAGCCUUAAAAAGCCCUAAAAGUCCAGAGCUGGUUAUUUAUUGAGUAAUUUAUGUCACAGACCUACCAGGAGGCUGGAGCCUCCUGUCUUUGGUGUAUUUGUGACAAUGAUAUGAGGUGUGUCCUUAAACCAGUGCCUGCACAAGCUGCUGGCCUGACCCAGUGUGGAGAUGUGGUUGCUGUCUCCAGGGGCUGCAGUGCUGGCCAAAGCAGUUUUCUCAGGACAAAUAAGUGCCUAAAUCAGAAAAAUGAUGGGUUUUACUCUUGGAUGUCCUUUUUGGGCAGAGUAAGGCCUCAAGAAAGGCUCAGCAUUGCUUGAUUGUUUUUUCCCCAACAGGUUUAUCUUGAGGCCUUUGCCAACUCCAUUUUUGGGGGUCAUAAAGGAUUGCACAUUCUCUUCCUGCUGCAGCCCAGAACCUGGAAUUACAAUCAAAAGCCAUGUCCUGCUGCUUGCCCACUGUCUUGCCUCCUCAAGUGGUCUUUUCUCUCCAGCCUCCUUCCAGCUGAAGAUCACAGGACCCCAGAAUUAUUUGGGUUGGAAGGGACCUUAAAGCUCAUCCAGUUGAAACCCCUGCCACAUGCAGGGACACCUUCCACUAGACCAGAUUACAAGGUUAUAAUCCACAUUUGACUGGAUGCUUUCAUCUAAAUUUAGGCCAAAUCUCAAACCAGUUCUACCCCCACCAUAAAACCCACAUUACAGGCAGGGUUUAUUUGUGUCAGGAACUAAAAUCAUCAAUACCGUGGUCUCAGAAAUAGCCAGUGCUUCCCACCAGGCUGACUGGGCAUGGAUUUGUGCCCAGGGCACAGGUUUGUGCCCAGGACAUGGCUUAACAUGUUAAUUUGAGGUGUGAUCAGCUGGAUUCACCACCAGGCUCUUGAGUGCCAUCUGGAGCACAUCUGGCUGUGCUCUCCAGAUGUUGUCCUGCUGUGGGCAGGACUCUGCUACUGCCACAGGGCAGGAAAGGCAGCAGGGAGGGCAUAGGCAUGUGAUGAAUUAUUUAAAAAAAGCUUCCAUGAUGCAUUCACUGCUCAGGGCUGACCCAGCCAGGUGUUCCCUUGGGGCACAGAAAACCCAGUUGGUGCUGAGUAUGGAGUGAAGCCACAUUCCAAGGGAUGAAGGCUCCCUGUCUCCAUCUGGACCCCAGCCCCCUGUGCUGUGCCUGUGCAGGCAGGAGCAGUUCCAGUGGCUUUUCCAGAGCCCUUCUCAUUGUGUGGAUCACAGAGAAGGCAGCAGUGCUGCCAGGCCAUUGCAGGAAUUUUUAUCUAGCUUGGUUUUCUACUUUUGAUAAUAUAUAAUUAUGCUUGAAAAUACCCCAAACCAG